AUUUUUGUUUAUAUGCAUAGUUAAUAUUACAAGUUCCUUUCGCAUUUUAUAGUUUUUUCGCUUAAAAAUUGAAAUUAUAAAAUAAUUAAAAUGAUAACUUUUAAAGAAGAUGUUGAUUUAACUGGAUAUAGCGUUAUAAUUCCUAGCAUUUGUGUAGGAAAUGUUGCUCAACUAGCUGUAGAUCUAAUAAUAGCUACGCUGGAAAUGAAAAGAAUAGGAAGUGGUUAUCAUAAUGCUUGUAUGCCAAUAAUGGGCCCACCGGCUUAUCAUCACGAUAACACAAAAACUGUAUCCUUAGAAUUAUAUCAAGAUGCUGAAAAGAAAUUAGUGGUAUUUCAAUUAAGAUCACCAUUAGUUUCCGUUUAUAUUGAUGAAUUUCACAAGGAUUUAUUAAAAUUUAUUACGACUAAUAAAAUAUCAAAAGCUUAUAUUUUGAGUAGCAGUCAUGCUUAUGAAAGACAUGAUGUUAAUAGUUCACUUUUUGCUUAUAUGCAAAGUGGAGAAUUUAUAAAUGAAAAUUUGGAUCAAUACUCAUGGCAGAAAUAUAAUAAAAAAAUUAUUUUUGGUGGUGGAAAUGCUAAAAAACUUUUUGAUGAAUGUAUUAAUUCAAAUAUUCCUGCAUUUUUAUUAUUUAAUUAUGUUUCUGAAGGAGAUAAUUCAGUUGAAGCUUCACAAUUGGUUGGUGAAAUAAGUAAAGUUGUAAAUUUAUUUGAAAAAGAUGUAAAUGUUAAAUUAGUUAUACCAAUAUCAUGGCAAUUUUUAUUCGGGAAUAGUAUUCCAGAUUUAAUUUUUUAAUUUAUAAUAUGUAAAUAAAUUUAAAAUAUGAAAGAUAUAUUUUUUAAUGUUUGAUUUUUCUAUUAUGAACUAGAAUAAGUUAUUUGUUUAAAAAAGUGUAUAUCAAUUUCUCGGAAUAAAUUUAUCAAUGUCAU